CAUAAAAAUAUCCAGACCUAGCAUACAAAUAUCUAUGCAUCACAUAACCAAUAUCCGGACAAUCAACCACCAAACAAUAUCCACAUUAAACUAAAUGGUAUCCCAUGCCAGCUAAACAAUUUUCCAGGUAAAAAAAUAUCAAAUUAACGAGCAAAAUCCAGAAACCCCAAACAAUAUCGACAUCAAAAAACGAAUCCCCCAAAUCAAAAGAAAUCCAAAUCGAAAGAAAUUCCAUCCACAAAAAAAUCCCAGAUCCCCCAAAUCGAAAGAAAUCCAAAUCCCCCAAAUCAAAAGAAUCCCAGAUCCCCCAAAUCGAAUCUCAAAUCCCCCGACAAGAUUCCCAGAUCCCUAACAAUGAAUCUCAUAUCCAACAAACAAAGCAAAAAAAAAAACUCAGAUCCAGUCGAAUCUAUGAAACCCUAAAUCAAAUAUAUGUAAUCCAGCCACGGAAAAUCCCAGAUCCCCCAAAUCGAAAUAAAUCCAAAUCUCCCAAAUCAAAAGAAUCCCAGAUCCCCCAAAUCGAAUCUCAAAUCCCCCGACAAGAAUCCCAGAUCCCUAACAAUGAAUCUCAGAUCCAAAAAACGAAGCAAAAAAAAAAAACUCAGAUCCAGUCGAAUCUAUGAAACCCUAAACUAAAUAUAUGUAAUCCAACCACAGAAAAUCCCAGAUCCCCCAAAUCGAAAGAAAUCCAAAUCUUCCAAAUCAAAAGAAUCCCAGAUCCCCCAGAUCGAAUCUCAAAUCCUCCGACAAGAAUCCCAGAUCCCUAACAAUGAAUCCAGAUCCAAAAAACGAAGCAAAAAAAAAAAAACUCAGAUCCAGUCGAAUCUAUGAAACCCUAAAUCAAAUAUAUGUAAUCCAACCACAGAAAAUCCCAGAUCCCCCAAAUCGAAAGAAAUCCAAAACCCCCAAAUCAAAAGAAUCCCAGAUCCCCCAAAUCGAAUCUCAAAUCCCCCGACAAGAAUCCCAGAUCCCUAACAAUGAAUCUCAGAUCCAAAACAUCUACAUCAAAGGAAGAUGCUUACCUCAAAAACUUUCUUCUCUUCGCAGCUGGUGUAGUCGUCUUCCUCACGCUACUAGCGUCGAUGUCUUCCUUCUUGCUCGGCCGACUUCGUCUUUCUUCAAGCACCGCCGUCUUCUUCCUGCCCGUAGCCCUCGUCGCCGGCGCCGUGUUUCUCACACCCGCCGUUGUUGAGAGGAAGAGGCUUGGUUCAGCCGAGCCACAAGCUGCUCUUCUCCCCCUCCACCGUCCGAUCGUGGCUCGCCUACGUGACCUCAAAUCCGACCGUACUUACCAGAUAUUGAAUUCGGAUGACCAUGCUAAUUUCCUCAAGAAAAAUAACAAAAAUCCUGCUGAUUACCGCCCCGACAUUGUUUAUAAGGCUCUCCUGUCAAUCUUAGACAGCCCGCUGAACAAGGCUGGGAGGACGUACAAGCGUUUUGCUGGCAUUAUGUUGCAAUUGCUUCAGAAGCUCAGUAUAUCUGCUGCUGGCAAAAGGGAGAAGCUUUUGCGUGUGAUUAAGAAUCCGGUAACCCAGUAUCUACCAGUGAGCUCCCGCAAGAUAGGGUUUUCAUACAGCUCCGAUAAGUUGGUGGAAAUGAGCAAGUAUGUGGGGACAGUGAGCAGCGAUGCUGAUCUUGUGUUUGUGGUUGGUGCAAUGUCUCAUGGGAAAAUCGACUGUGAUUACAUUGAAGAUUUUAUAGCCAUUUCUGGGUACCCCUUGAGCGCUGCGUGGUGUAUCGCAAGGAUCUGUGAGGCUCUUUCGAACAAAUUGGGUGUCGUGUAAAACAAAUUACACAACCCUGUGCUGUCUCAUGCCUUUACUGCACAUUCAGACAAUCUGCACGGGCAGUUUCGUCGAGUGUAUUUGAGCUAUGUAAUUGAACUAAUAUAUCGUUUUCCAUAAAUGUUUGGUCGUGUA